AUGCUCUCAGUUUUUGAAAGUUUCAACAUCCGAGAGGAAGCCAGCUACCAUCUACUCACUGGCAACUGUGCAUCGAAUAAAGAAAUGGACAACAACCAAAUCAAAAAACAGCUCCAGGACACAAUAGUUCGUGAAAUUGCAACGGCAAAUGUCAACGAGCUGGUCAACAGACUGACGGAAAACUGUUUCGAGCUAUGUUUCACUAACCCAUCUUCCUCAAUGGGUUCCAAGGAUAAGAAGUGCAUUGAGCAGUGUAUGCAGAAGUACAUGAAGUCGUGGAACAUAUUAUCUCAAUCCUACGUGAAGAGAAUCCAGGAGGCCAAGGCAGCUGGUGACAUCUAA